CCCUCUCGGCCCAUGGUGCGCUCGGCUCGGCGGGGCUUUGAUUUCCCUCAGAGGCUGACAGGUCCAAAGACUCAAACGAUAUGAUGGACUGGGGAACACUGCAGGCGGUUUUAGGAGGGGUAAACAAACAUUCCACCAGUAUUGGAAAGAUCUGGCUGACUGUCCUAUUCAUCUUCCGCAUUAUGAUCCUUGUAGUUGCUGCAGAGGAAGUCUGGGGUGAUGAGCAAGAUGAUUUUGUCUGCAAUACUCUGCAACCAGGAUGCAAAAAUGUCUGCUAUGAUUACUUUUUCCCCAUUUCUCACAUCAGACUCUGGGCCCUCCAGCUCAUUUUUGUUUCUACCCCUGCACUUUUGGUGGCAAUGCAUGUUGCAUACAGAAGGCAUGAAAAGAAAAAGAAGUUCCAAAAGGGAGGGAAAAACUGUGAAUAUAAAGACAUAGAAGAAAUAAAGAGACAAAGAUUUCAUAUUGAGGGCCCCUUAUGGUGGACAUACACUGCCAGCAUCUUGUUUAGGCUGAUCUUUGAAGCUUCUUUCAUGUAUGUGUUUUACUAUAUGUACCAGGGGUAUCACAUGCCCCGGCUACUGAAAUGCAGUACUUGGCCUUGUCCCAACGUAGUGGAUUGUUUUGUUUCCCGGCCCACUGAAAAGACAGUCUUUACCAUUUUCAUGAUUGCAGUGUCUGGCAUUUGCAUUAUGCUAAAUGUAACUGAGUUCUCUUAUUUGCUGCUAAAGUUUUGUGUCAGAAGAUCUAGGAGAGCAAGAACGCCAAAGAAUCACACCAACCAUGAGAACAAAGAAGAAAGUAAACAAAAUGAAAUGAACGAGCUUAUAUCUGAUAGCUGCCAGAAUACAGUAACAGGAUUUCCAAGCAGCUAAGGUUACUGUAAACCUAUCAUGCAUCUGAUACAGAAUAAAUGAAUUGCCACAUUCAUAGCUGCAUAUGAAAUUGGUUUAGAUUUCACUAAGCAAUAAAUUAAAUGGGUAAGCAUGAGUUUUACUACAUGUUGGAAUUAGGCAUAUUGUUAUUUUUUAAAAAAGGUCAAUAACUGCAUAAGAAUGUAAAGAGUAAUGAGGAUUAAAGAGAUUACAUCAUUUUAUGCAUAUCCUUACCAAGUCAGCUUUGAUUUGUUAAAGAGUGAUACUUGUUAAUAUCUUCAUACUAAGUUUGACCCUAAAAUUAAAGAGAAGGAAAUUAGCUGCCUUCCAGACUAGAUACUGUUAGUAUUACAAGACACCUUACCACUGUGAUAACAGUUUUUAAUUGUGAGAUUGCAUCUAAAUUAAAGUAUUUGAUAAGAUCUGAUAUUCCAUGUUCCUUUGUAUUAACAUGUAUGAAUGAGUAGUGUCUCUUUUUUAGUUAAUAUUAUUAUUGUCUUAAAAACAAGCAGACAUGCUAAUAUUUUCAUUCUAAUACUGUUGGAAGUGAAUCAUUUUUAAGCAUAUGUCUCCAUGCUGUAAAUAAUUCUAUGAAUAUCCUACAUACUACCAGUUAUAAAAUUCUAUGUAUUAUAAUCCAUAUAGGAUAUAUUCAUUUUUUAACAGGAUCAGUUUCAUGUACUGUAGAAUGUCUCUAAAUAUUUUUUGCUUUUAAUUUUUUAACUGUAGACUGAAAGUAGCAAUUGUAGAGAAAGGGAAGGUAGCUAGCUGAAAAUAAUGUGAAGAAAUUUUCUUUCAACCAUUAUGAGCAAAAUUUUAGAACAAAGUGUUCCAAAUAAAGGAAAAAUACCUUUGA